AUGAACAGCGACCGCGAGCGCGUCAUUUUGCAUGAGUGGCCUCGCGAUCCUGAUGGACCAACUGUUCGAGAACCACCACCUCAAGGGGUUCGUACACCAAACAAUAUACCUUGGGGACAUACACUGGAUGAUUUCUACUGGAUUCGUCCUUUCCCUGGCGCGAAGUUAAAAUCAAUUUGGACGCGAAGCAUGCUGGAUGAAUUCGGCGAGAACUUUGGUGAACAGCCUGGAGUUCCACAAGUUGAACCGCGUCGCUUGAGACCGUGGCCACUGCUCAAGGUGCCGAAUGACGACGCGCUUUUCGGGUUAGUGGACGAGACGUGCAAUAGGGAUCAUUCGCUCAAGCCCCGACGUUUCCAUGCUGUCAAGAGUACUGUAUUUGAAUCCACAAAGGAAAAAAUAGAAUGGUCCGCGGAGCCAGCACCGAUGAACGAUGACGCACCCCCCGCAACCAAAGAAUCCAUCCUCGAAGGGGCUGUGAAGUCGCAGGACAGGCUGCCGGAAGAUGAUGGCAAGGACGAUGAAUCGGCCAUGGCCGAAGUCUUCGUUCAGGCUGAUGAUAAUAUAACGGGUGGCUUUGUCUUAGAAUCCAGCAUAGAAGGAGAGACAGGAGACAGACAAAAUUGUACAGGUCUGAGAUCGACGUCCCCGAAAAAGAGAGAUGUGAAGACAAACAUGAUGUGGCGACAGGUAGUAAAGAAGUUCUCUACAACUAUUGCUUCGGACCUCAAUCUGAUGAUAAAAGCAGAAGACGACACCAAGAAGGAUGAAUCAGAAGUUAUUGUCGAAACUCAUGACGACCUUACACCCGCGGAACGACAGGCAAUGGAGUCCUUUAUGACUACGGAUUAUGAGACGGUUCAAAAACUUGAGGAACGCAUCCCCGAAGAAUACUUUCCUGACAUACUCCUCGUCAACGACCCUUCCGGCUUCACGAUGAGUGACGUUCCAUUUCUUAGCCGUCCGUCGCGUAUGCUGCCUGUACGCUAUAAACGUGUUUGGCCGAAGCUGAAGCGCGAUGGCGAGCCGGCCACGCUCUUUAACAAUGACCUCCAUUGCCCUUCGGCGUUCCACUGGACACCGACACAGACGGAGAGGUACGCUGCUAGUGAGUGUCGAAGAAUCGCUACGCUCGACCUUUCGGGUGCACCACUUCUCGGCAAGGGCGGCCAUUCUGCCGUCCGGAAGGCCGGAAUACGACUUCCAGUACCUCUCACGACGCAGACAGGCGACCCACACGUUUCCGUAGCUGCAAAACUGGCGUUUUCUCUUAGUGAAGAUCGGGAGUUGCUUGAAAAUGAGGGACGAAUCUACGACACGUUCCCCGAUCAUCUGCAGGAGAGCUACUGCGGCUAUAACUUGGUAGCUUCGAUGGACCACCCUGUCCCCGUGGGUGCGUGUGUGCCCAAGUUCUUUGGGUAUUAUGUACCUGUUCAGGAGGAGGAAGAAGCUAGUCGGAGGCAAGAAGCACUGAACAGAAUCAAGAAAGAGGUGGAAAGAAGACGGGAACGAGAGGCGAAGAGAGAAGCUAAGAAGAUAGGCGUGGACGAGGCGGUAGAAUCUACCGAUGCAGACGGAAAAUCAGCGGAAGAAGAGGACGACUAUAGUGGCGAGGAUGAUGAAGAUAACUUCUACGAACAUUCACCUCUACAAGACGAAGAAAUUCGUUCCCCCAUUCUCUUGCUCGAAGAGUGUGGGACGCCUAUCGAACCGGAAGAGUUUUCAGAAGAUGAGAGAUCUGAAUGCUUCUCACUGGUGCUUCGCCUUCAUCAUGCAGACUUUGUGCACAACUCGCUGUAUCCUCGCAACAUUUUGCGACAGCCAGGUCCUCUUACCGUGCGACCGUCAGAGCGAUCGUUGAAGACGCCGAGUUUCAGGAUUAUUGAUUUUGGGAGAGGAGAGUUUGUGCCGUUAUUUGUGGAGAAGUUCCUUGAGAUCCUGUGGAGACUGGGACCACCGAUGGUCUGGACGAGAGAAGAAAUGGAGAGGGUCAAAGAAGUGUUGGAGAUGGGGAAAGAGGAGGCGGUUCGUUGGUUUAAUGACAGUCCCGGAUCCGAAUUGCGGAAAGCCGCGAGAAUCCUAUAUGUCAACGAUUAUCAGUUAUAG